CAAUUUACAGAGCUGGGAGGAGGACGCAGCUCUUUGCGACCAGCACAAAUCGGAGCAGUCAGAGAUCUCCUGUGCUGCACUAGUGUGGGAAACGGGACAGUGGGAUGCAGACCCUCAAGCUUUGGCUUGGUGCUGCCCUCCUCUUCCUCAGCCAGGGAGGAGUCUGGGCCAACAGAGCUGAUGAUGGCCCCCUAGCCCUGAUGAAAAUGAUGGGAAGGAAGCCUUUCUCUCUCCCAGGCUUGAGCCAAACUGGCAGCCAUGCCGCCCGGAGAAAACGUGAAAAGCAGCCUUCUACAUAUCUAAAGUGGGUGGAUUUUGAAGGAAAACUGCCUGCCUAUGCUGUGUCCAACUGGAAUGAUUACGCCAAAAGGUUGGAGUAUAUCUGCUCGACGCCGCAGAGCGAGUGCAACACUGGAGUGUAUGUCCCCAGCCGGGGUGAAUUCUGCUUUUUCCCAUACGGAGGACGUGAGCGGAAAGUCUCCACAUUUAAGGUGCUGGUAAAUGAAGGUAACUUUGAAGCACUGGAGUGGGUGGAUGCUUCCUUCGGUGCCGUUCCUGAAAAUGCCGUGGAGGGCUGCCCCAAGGUGGACGUCUUUGUUGGCAGGAACCAGUAUGGCUUGGGGAAAAUCCCGAAGAUACACAGAGCUUUCUUCGUUGUCAUUGACAGUGAGGAGGUGUGGUACAAGUGGUACCAGGUCCUGACUGUGAAGAAAGGCUCUGCAGACGUAACCAUCUCUGACGUCCGCUACAACAUGAGCAGAGCAGUAGAAAGUCAGGAAGACAUAACUCUAACGACAGCCACUGUGAGGAAUGAUGGCUGCCAAAGGGUGAAGAAAACUGUCACCCUUGAGGGGGCAGCUGAGACGGAGCAUGACUGGAAGGCUGACCAGGUGCUUUUAGCUGAUGUGCGGGGCAUAUUGCGUGCUGGUGUCCUGGCAUUCAAUGGGACGGGGUGGGAGGUUUCCACCUGCAUCAAUGUCACUUGGAUCGGGGGAGCCAGCACCAGCAGGUACACCAUCCACACCCGCACAGCAGAGGUGGAGGUGAUGCCCAAGACGGCGUGCACUGUGGCCUUGGAGGGACGCCGCAUGACCGCCUGUGUCCCCUUCAUUGCCCAGCUGACCCGUGACUUUGGUGAUGGCGAGCUGCACCACACAAAUGUGAUGGGGCUCAGUGAGAGCCGGGAGGUCACGGAUGUGAGGGUUGACAUGAAGCAAUGUUGGCCCAUCCCCAACGCCCCACUGUGCCAAGCAUAGUGUGCGCGGAUGCCAGGGAAGGUGGGGGCCCACUGUCAGUGCAUGCAGAGGAAAGAAAAGCAUCUCUUGCAGCAUUGCACGUGGUCAUGACCAUGCUCCUGGCAGCCCAAUAGCCAGGAUCUUGCAAGAGGAGGGGUUUGGUGCAUGCUUUGCUUUUGUCUCUCUCUGCAAUAACCUUUGCCAUGUGUCUGUCUCCAAAAUGGCAUGGUAUCCUGCUUCAAGACCUGUCGGCACCUGAGCCUGGAUGCACAUAAUUUCCAGAAAUGGUUCCCAUGAUGCAUUUUCACUUCUUCCCCUUGUGCAUUGUGAAAAAUGUUUGCAAAUCAAAACGAAUAAAAUCAGCUCUUUCAUCCACA